CUGGGCGCGGGGUUGCUCAGGUGAACCGCCGCGGCCCAGAGAUCGGUUCCUCUGCACCUCUGCGCCCUGCCCCUGGAGGCGUUGGUCCGACCCCCAGCCCCGGUGCCCUUGCCUGUUCCUGCUCUAGCUGCAGCCCCCCGGGGGCCCUGACCAGGAGCCAAGAUGAGCUGUUUUAGCUUCCUGAAGGUCAUCAUGAUCAUCUUCAACUUUCUCAUCUUCCUCUGCGGCGCCGCCCUGCUGGGAGUGGGAAUCUGGGUGUCUGUGGACGGCCCCUCCUUCCUGAAGAUCUUCGGCCCCGUGUCGGCCAGCGCCAUGCAGUUUGUCAACGUGGGAUACUUCCUGAUCGCGGCGGGCUGUGCCCUGCUGGUGCUCGGCUUCCUGGGAUGCUACGGGGCCCAGAAGGAGAGUAAAUGCCUGCUGUUGACGUUCUUCUCCAUCCUCCUGAUAAUAUUCAUCGCCGAGAUAGCUGCCGCGGUGGUGGCCCUGGUCUACACCACCAUGGCCGAGAACCUGCUCGGGACGCUGGUUGUGCCUGUGAUCAAGAAGGACUACGGCAAACAAUCAGACAUCACCCAGAUAUGGAACAGCACCAUGGACGGGCUCAAUUGCUGCGGCUUCAACAACUACACGGACUUUGAGGGCUCCCCGUUCUACCAGACGGACCAUCUCUUCCCCACCCCCUGCUGUGGCAAUUACACAACCCCUUGCACGGCAGAGCAGGCCUCCAAAGCCUCUGUCCGGGGCUGCUUUGAUCAGCUCUUGAAGGACAUUCGCACCAACGCGGAGGUCGUGGGUGGCGUGGCGGCCGGCUUCGGGGCCUUCGAGCUGGCCGCCAUGGUGGUGGCCAUGUACCUCUACUGCAAGCUGGACAAGGCCUGAGCGGACAGCGUGGGAGGGGCAGGUGGACCCGCCGGUGAUUGGCGGGUGAUGGGAUGGACACGCGGAUCCAAGCUUUGAACGGGGCUGAGCCGGCCCUGGGCCCCGGCCAUCUCCCCCUCCCCCUCUAUCCUUCCGUUUGGGGAGGGGCCCGGGGCCGCCAUGAAGGCUCUGGGGAGUCGCCGCCCUCUAGGCCUGGGGUGUGGGGAGGGGCUGCCGGAGGAGAUCCGCAAACUUGGGGCUUUGGAUUGUACAAAAAUAAAGACUUUUUUCCA